UUACAGCUAGAUUUUGCAGCUCUACCAUUUUCUACUCAUUCGCAUUUUUUUUCGCCGCUAAAAACGGUGCGGUGUUCGCAACUAUCUGAAAAUUAUAUUAAACAAUAAAUCCACCAAGUGCGAUACAAAGUCUAACCAAUAGCAGCAGCAGCAACAGCAACCUUCAGCUGGCCCUAAAACAUACUAGAAGGAGAAUCUAAUCAUGAGCGAUGAUACGUACCAGAUAGAGACGCGCCGGCGUUCGCGUUCCAAGACCCCCUUCCUUCGCUCCAGUUGCGAUCAUGAGAAUUGCGAGCAUGCUGGCGAGGAGGGACAUGUGCAUCACCAGAAGAAGAAGUCAGCGCUGGCCCCCAAUGUGCAAACGAUCAUCGAGGAGAGUGUUGUGGUGGAGUCGAGCAUCAGCAAGAAGGGACGGAACAAAGCAUUUGCCCAGAUGACCUCGGACUUUUCGGUCGAUGACAUUAAUCCGGAGGUGAAGCGCAAACAGACCUCGACCACCACAACGGUCACAUCAAUCACCAGCAAAAGAACGGGGGCCACAUCGACCCCCCACAACAAGGUCCAACUGGAGACGAAACAAAAUGUUUUAAACACCGCCCAGGAGCAGCUGAACAGCAGCAAACGCUCAAAUGGCACUCACAGCUCGGUGGAUCCCAGCGAUUACUUGGCCUACAUUGAGUACAGAAAUGCUGGAGAAUAUUGGAACAAAACCCCCAAGACGGAUUACACAUAUUCACAGCUGUCUCCACAUCGCCGCCAACUGGCCCCAGGGGUUGUGGCCAUGCCCAAUAUGUCGCGUCGUAGCCUCGGCAACCACGAUGCCCGCGUCAACUUUAUGGUCCAGCAGAAUCCGGACCAGGAAGAGCUCAUCCGUCGUCGCUACCAGUCGAGGACCACGCAGUACGUGAACUACGACUCGGGCGACGAGCUGGACGCCACAAUGUUCGGACAACAGAAGAAGCAGAGCUUCUGGCUGGUCCGCCUCAUCCAAGUCGUCCUCAGCACCAUCACAACUUUGUGGACACGCGUCACCAACAUUUCGGCCACAGAGACGAGUGCGUAUCAAACCUAUUACGCCAGGCAGCAGAGGAACCAGGAACGCAGUGUGGUAGGACGGAUUGGCCAUGCCAUUGGCGACAGUCUGUUGAGUCUUCUGCGCUACGUAUAUCUGUUCAUUGGAUCGGUACUGAGUCUGGACACGUGGCUGCUGAGAUCUUCGAAUGCGGAAAACAAGUCGAAGAAGCGUUUUCUCAUACUGCUGCUGAUCUUGCUGCCCUUGCUGCUGCUGACGGCCUGGUCGCUGUUGCAGGAGGAUCAGCAACAUAGCUACGUUCAACAUGUCCAGGCCCUGCUGCCACUGCCUCUGACUCUGCUGGCCACUUGGCGUGGUCAUUUGUCCAGCGCCACAGCCUCGCUCAAGUCUCUGCUGGAGCUGCCUAUUCUGCCCAGGGCUCCUGAAGAAGCCAAAGACAGCAAAUCGAACAUGGCUAGCAUGGAACAGAGCAUAAAGGAAGCCCUUACCGCCGAGGAGUACGAGAAUAUUCUGAAUCACGUCAACAGCUAUGUCCAGCAACUGGUGGAGCUGAAGCUCCAGCAGCAGCAGCAGGCGCAGGCACAGAAGGAGCAGCAACUGUCGCCCCAGCAGAUUCACAUUAUCGUUCAGCUGAUGAAGGAGAACCUCCAGGAGUUCACUGCCAAAGCGGAGUUCAGUGAGCAGAAGCUGAGUGACUUGGCCUCAAAACUGAGGCUGGAGCUGCAAAGGUCGGGCGACUGGCAGCCAGAGGCGAGACUGUCAUCAGCUAACCUAGAGGAGAUCACCAGGCUGAUCAAGGCUGAAGUUAACCUACAGGAAUCACACUACACGCUGCUGUUGGAGAAGAUAGACUUGCAAGCUUUGCUGGAACGCAUUUUAGGCUCACCAAAGUUGGCCGACUUCGUGGACGGACGAAUUAAUCUGUUCCUACAGGCGCAGAAGGAGCUGAAAGACGGCUCUGGGUCGCAUCCCACCGAACACCACAUCGAUCAGCUUAACAAGGAGAUCGCUUUCAUCAAGCUGGCCCUCUCCGACAACCAUGCAGAGAAUGCCAAUCUACAACAGUCCAUCAGCAGUCUGAAGCUCGGCCAGGAGGAUCUAUUGGAGCGCAUGCAGCAGCAUGAGCUGGCCAACGAUCAGCGAUUCAGUGGACUGUUGGCCGAGAUCGAAACCAAGCUGGCAUCCCUAAACGACUCCCAGUUUGCCCUGCUCAACAAACAGAUUAAGCUCUCACUGGUCGAGAUUCUGGGCUUUAAGCAAUCGGCUGGGGCCAAGCUAGACGACAUCGAUCUGCAGAAUUGGGUGCGCAGUGUGUUCGUGGCCAAGGAUUAUCUGGAGCAGCAGCUGCUGGAGCUGAACAAGCGCACCAAUAACAAUAUUCGCGACGAGAUUGAACGCUCCAGCAUCGUGCUGAUGAGCGACAUUAGUGAGCGUCUCAAGCGCGAGAUUCUGCUGGCCGUCGAGGCCAAGCACAAUGAAAGUAGCACGUCUCUGAAGGGGGAAAUCGGCGAAGAGGCAGUGCGUCAGAUUGUCAAGACCGUGCUGGCUACUUACGAUGCCGACAAGACGGGCCUUGUGGACUUUGCCCUGGAAUCGGCAGGUGGACAGAUCCUGUCCACACGCUGCACCGAAAGCUAUCAGACCAAAACAGCCCAGAUAUCGGUGUUUGGGAUUCCGCUGUGGUAUCCUACCAACACGCCUCGCGUGGCCAUCUCGCCUAAUGUCCAGCCAGGCGAGUGCUGGGCCUUUCAGGGCUUCCCCGGAUUUCUAGUGCUGAAGCUAAACUCCUUGGUGUAUGUCACUGGGUUUACCCUGGAGCACAUUCCCAAAACUUUGUCGCCCACGGGACGCAUUGACUCUGCUCCACGUAACUUUACGGUUUGGGGGCUGGAGCACGAGAAGGACCAGGAGCCAGUUCUGUUUGGGGAGUACGAGUACCAGGACAAUGGCGCCUCCCUGCAGUACUUUACACUGCAGAAUCUGGACAUCCAACGGCCAUACGAGAUUGUCGAGCUGCGCAUCGAGACAAACCAUGGCCAGCCAACAUACACAUGCCUCUACCGGUUUCGCGUGCACGGCAAGCCGCCAGCGUCGUAAGUCUUAAGUCGUCGUACCGUCCACCCACCCACGACCACUCACCGCUCCCCACACCCCAAUAUCCACUCUAGUGACCUAAGUUCAGUCAGGUGUACAUAAUAAUGUCUGUGCCUUAAGAAGGAAAACUCAACAAUAUAUCGCCGCGAGGGAAUGGAAGAACGGAUCCAGGCGCCCCUCUUUACUUAUGCUAUAUGUAAGGCUAUAGUUUGUAAGUGUUUUUGUAUCAUAUCGUAGAUGGAUGAGUGUGUUUAUGGCCUAUCCCAUAGAAGCAGUUUGUACAUACAUACCUAGGUGAAUAAGUCCAGGCAAUGUCCUUGUAAUAUUUAUUCAGAUCUACUUAGUUUUCCCCUCGAAGAACUCGUGUCAUCAGUUCCUUUCAGCCUCUUCACCGAAUAACAGAUUUAAGGAUAUAUUUUUAUCAUGUUUGCCAUUUAAAACUCGUUCGUUUUAAGGUCAGUCAUGGCUCGUCACAGCCGCACAAAACUUGCUACAAAUCAUAAAUGUAAGCUAUCACUAAGCUAUCACAUAUGCUACCUAGAGUGGAACAUUAAGAAAUGUUUAUAUGUAAUUACCGGUUGAAAUACAUUGAAGUCAAAAAUAAAUUUCUCGCACUUUAAUGGAAUCGACGAAUAUACAUAUACACCAGUUCAAUCCAGUUCAAUCCAGUUCAAUCCAGUGCAAUCCAGUUAUAUCCGUGUAUACGUUCUAGAUAAGUUUAAAGAGCGAUCCCAAAAAUAGUUGAUAGUUUGACCUAAAAACUCUUUCUAUUCUGUUUAUGCUUGUAAGUUAAUUUAAUUGGCAUAGUUUAUCGGCAUGCCCUCCUUUUUUUCUGUAAGGCUUUAACCUAUUUUUUCCCAAUAAAUGCAUUGAACGGAGUAAUUAAAG